AUGAAUAUCUUCAUUCAAGUAACCGGUCAUAAAUUGCCAAAAGUAAACGGCAAGUUAUCUCGUGUCUGGACGCCAGAGGUCGACUUUAAUUCCCAGCAAUCAUUGACAUGGCAGAGCAACCUUACGAUUGGUUAAAGGCAUGGGAUGAAAAUGAUAUUGGUUUUCACAGAGACAACAUAGAUCCAUUUCUUUCCAAGUAUAUUGACCGACUGAUAAAUGGAAGGAAGAAUAUCAAAAUCUUUAUUCCUCUUUGUGGCAAAACAGUGGAUAUUAAAUGGCUUUGGGAGCUGGGCCACACAGUCAUAGGAGUGGAACUGGCCAGAAAGGCAUUGGAAGAAUUCUUUGAGGAACAUAAUAUUAGCUAUACUGUAUCAAAAUUACCAGAUGGAAAGGGAGAAGUGUUCACUAGCGAGGACAAACGAAUAAAGUUGUAUUGCUGUGAUCUGUUUAAGUUCAAUAGUUCAUGUGAGGGGCUAAUGGACGCAAUGUGGGACAGAGGCUCUCUAGUGGCAAUCGAAGAAAAGGAUAGACAGAGGUAUGCCGAGCUUAUGAAGAGUCUGAUGGGAGAGGGCUGUCAGUACCUGGCGGAAACUCUGGAAUAUGAUGAAACAAAAUUUGGAGGACCUCCACGUAUUGUAUCGGAGCAAAAUAUCAAAGAUCUCUUCGGUGACAAACUUGAAAUCACUCAUUUAGAGAGGAAAGACAUAUUUACGCCAGCAUUUAAAGAGACAUGGGGAAUCGACAGUUUAUUCGAACAUCUUUACUUAUUCUGUCUUAAGUAAUAAAUACAUUUUUACGUCA